AUGCCCACAGAUGAUCCAAACAUCGAAGAGAUCGCCGCUGAUAUCUGGGAUGAGCAUUUAGGCCAGCAUGGUAGUGAUACUGGUCGACAUGGAUUCAACGAAAACCAUGACCCCACUGAACCCCCUCCCAUCAACGAGGCUUCAAGACUGGGGCCUGAUGAGAUGUCCAAUUCCCGAACCAAUGGAAGCCCAGCGACCCUUGGACAGGCGCCGCCUGUUUCUGAAUCCCUACGAGACCCCCCUCAAGCCAACGAAUAUCGAGAGCCAGAUGAGCAGCCGGAAUUUCAAACCAGAGAGAGUACUAGCAUCAAUGAAGCUGAAGCAUCAAAUGAGGCGCACAUUGGUGUUGACCUAAAUGCUGUCCCUCUACCACAGCUACACUAUCACUACUUUCUCCUCCUAGACCGCGGCACAGGGGUCGACUACGUCCCUUGGAAGCCCAACCGUCGAAUUACGGAGUUGACAUGGUCUCGGUUGGAGAGAUCCCUCCCGGUGCAGCUUCUCAUGGCCUCGGACAUCCUGCUAAUGAGAGUGUCCCGUUUUGAAAGAGAUCAAGGGGAGGCAGGAAGA